AUGGAACGCACCUACGAUUUCAUUGUCGUCGGAGCUGGACCAGCAGGAUGUGUUCUGGCGUCUCGACUGGCAGAGUCAGCAGCAAAACCAUCCGUCCUUCUGUUGGAGGCAGGGGGCUCCAAUGUCGAACUGACGGACCUUUCUGCGGACGAAAGGUUCAACAUUGCUUUCAAGGCGGAGUCUCCGCUCAACUGGGGCUACCAGGUCAGCCACGAUGGUCGGGAUAUUGACUACUCGCGAGGCAAAGGCUUGGGCGGUAGCACUGCUAUCAAUUUCUGCGGCUGGGUCACCGGACCUUCAGCCGAUUACGAUGAAUGGGCUCGCCUGGUCGACGACGAAGCACUCAACUGGGAGAACGCUAAACGACAUCUCGAGAGCAUCGUCCAUCUUCAUCCACGGGUUCCGAGGGAGUUUGAAGGUGACAUACGACCGUCUCCAGGACAUGGGACAACUGGUCCCAUCCAUCUGACUUACGGUACCGAGUGGCAACAGAGCGUUCACGACGUUUUCACUGCAGCCGAGCAAUGCGGCCUGGGCGUCAAUGCAGAUGUCAACGAUGGCCACCCUAUCGGCAUGGGCAUUGGAUCUGUGUGUAUCCAUGAAGGUCUCCGAAUCAAUGCUGCAGACGCUUUCCUUUCCAGUCCACCAGAAAACUUGACAAUACUUGCAAUGUCCACAGUGUCUGCCGUCAUGCUGGACAAGUCGACUGCUACGGGCGUGAGAUGUGUCGACGGUCGUGAGUUUCUGGCGAAAGGCUGUGUCAUUCUGUCUGGGGGCGCCAUCAAUACACCCCAAUUAUUACAGCUCUCCGGCAUUGGACCCAAAGAGUUCCUGGAGCCUGUUGGCGUUCCUGUCAAGCACGAGCUGACGCAGGUCGGACGGAAUCUCCAAGACCAUUGCUUCUCCGUCGCAGGUAUUGUUGUUCAAGGCGAAGGGGACAGGAUUGCGAACCAGAGUCCCUCGCCCAUGGGUUGGUUCAAGUUGCCGGCUCUUCGACAGUCGCGGGAGUUUGCAGACUUGCCACUCGAAACACAACGCCAUCUGGACACAGCGAGUGUCCCGGAUUGGGAACUGGUUACACAUACGCCUUUGUUCGACGUGGUGCCCACAGCAGAGGGAGAGCAGAUCAUGACAGCAAUGGCGAUCUUGGAAAAUCCACAGUCUCGCGGGACGGUCUCUCUGAAGUCAAGAGAUCCACUCACAGCUCCGUCAAUUGAUCCCAAAUUCCUCAGCCAUGCGUACGACCGCAGAGCCCUGACUGAAGCAUUUAAAGCGAUGCUGCAAUAUUUACAGGCACCUGUUUGGAAGUCAAAGACCGUUAGGUGUCUCGGCUGGCCUACCGACGACAGUGAUGCAGCGAUCUUGGACGAGCUAAAGACCCGUCUAGCCAGUUCGUGGCACAUGUGCGGCACUGCUCGCAUGGGCGCUUGCGUGGACUCUGACUUCCGACUGUUCGGCAUCGACAAGCUACGCGUGGCGGAUAUGUCUGUCUGCCCGUUCGUACCAAACAACCAUACUCAGUCCACUGCGUACAUCAUCGGAGCUAUCGCCGCCGAGAAGAUUGUCAGCUUUUACAACCUCAGCCACCCAACCAAUCAAUCGAAACUGUGA